AGCAGGAAGACGACGUUUUCUUCAAACCCCCGGCAGAGAAACCGGGAGGAAAAUAAACCGAAAUCUACAACAUGCAGAACCAGUACAUGUAAGCUGCUGCUGCUUUGUCGGCACAGGGUGUGAGAGAACCACAGCGGACAACACAUCGCUGAGAACCGAGACCACACUGAGAUCUGAGUGGGAACCAGUCUGAAGAUCGACAGGAGAGACUUGGCUGUAGACAAACAUGUCCCUGUUCUUCUCCGGAGCUGUUACAAGUUCGCCCAUAAAGCGAAGGCUGCGGGCCCAUCACUCCUGUCAGAGCCUCGACCUGUCUCUUCUCUCUCCCAACUCCUCGUACGUCUGUUACUCCUCUGUGGAUGGCGGCGACCGUCGCUCGCCGCGCCUCCUCACCAACGGGUACUACACUGUCACCGAGGACAGUUUCUCCUGGGAUGAUGAUGGAAACGUGUCACUGACACCCUGCAAAACCAACGUAUGCUACAAGGAGAAUCUGGUCAGGAUCUUCAGGCGCAGACGGAGGCCUCGCAGCUCGCUGGCUCGUCUGCUGAGCGAUGUGACGGAGAGCUGCCAGACGUGGCUGGAUGAGAAAGUCUUCAGAGGUGUGUUCAGAACGGUACACAACAAGGACCGAGAUCUGGACAAUGACUCGGACAGAGAAUACGACCAAGACCAGGACUGGGCCAGGAGCAGCCAGGAAGACCCGGCCCUGCUGGAUGAGUCCUCCUGGUUUGGAUUCAAUGACAGCAAGCUGGAUGACAGCUCCAGCUUUACAUACGACCCGACAGAGAUCCUGUGUCCUCCUGACAAAGCGGCCCCUGCCCCGAAGCUGCUCAUCCAGGAGGAGAUUUGCUCUGAGGUCUGUCAGUCAGCAGAGCAGUUCACUCAGUUGCUGGGCGGACUCUCAGAAGUCCCGCCUCCCUCCCUUUUCUACACCAGCAACUGCUGCUGUCAGGCCUCACCUGAGCACACAGGGUUAACGAUGAAGGCCUUUCUCUUUGUCAUCUUCACCAUCUUCAUCUUCACAGCUGUGUACUCGGGGUGUUUGUGGUGGAGCACGGCAGUCACCUCAGCUUUGUUCAUGACGAUGACAACAUUUAUGAUCCUGACCAAGUCAGGCCCGCUGGGCGAGUGGAGGAGGGCAAAGACAGAGGACAUCACAUCAAGAAACGAGUAAAGAACGUGAGAAACCGGAAGAGGGAGAGAAGAGACGGGUCUGAUGGGACUCGGAGACAUUUCAUAUUUCACUGUUUGCAUGUAAGUUGCACUUAAAGGACCAAGUUGCAGCGGGCUCUGGAAACCCUUUUACAGCAACACCCGCACAACUUAAAACAACCGUUUUUCAAUGGGAUUCUUUAUCUAAAUACGUAUUGAUGCACUGAGGUGUUUUGGGCUUUACAGCGAUUUAAACUAAAUCUGACACUUUUCUAUAUUUUACCUUUUAAAUCUGAGAAAAUCAGCACAGUGUCACAUCCAGGUUGAUGACAGCGAGUCCUUUUAAAAACAAAGUUUGUGUGGUAACUGGUUGUGAAGGUGGAUUUAUGGAAAUGUUUUGGGUUUUCUGCAAAAUACGUCAGAUCUAAGAUGAAACGGUAAA